AUGCCUGAAAUAUUUGGCGAACAGCUCGACACAGUGAUCCCCGACGACUUGACGCUUUCUCAGUUCUUCCUCGACUCACACCACCCACGUAGGCCGGUCCGAACUAAUACGCCAUGGUUAAUCGAGGAUGAUACUGGGAGGCGCAUUGAAUUCGAAGAGGUACCUCCAUCUGGCAACUCGAAGAUCCGUGCACGAACCUUUGGAUUUGCAAACGGGCUUAUGUUGCGCUAUGGUAUUAAAGAAGAUGAAGUCGUCGUUAUCUUUAGUCCGAAUCAUGUUGAUUAUCCACCUGCAAUAUGGGCAACGCACCGACUGGGUGCAAUUGUUUCCGGCGCAAAUCCGACAUAUACAGCGGAAGAGCUUUUACACCAGAUUCGACUUGUGAAAGCAACCCUGAUAAUUGCACAUCCGUCUUCCCUCCAUACGGCUCUCGGUGCUGCACGUGCAGCUGGCAUACCUUCUGAUCGAGUUAUUACAUUUGGCGAAUCAACUCAGCCUUCUGUAGAGAGUAUCAUUCAGCUUGGGCUCAGGAACGAACCUGCCUUUGUCGAGCGAAGAUUGAAGAAGGGCGAGGGCAAGACCAAGGUCGCUUUCCUAAGCUUUUCCAGUGGUACAACAGGUAAACCCAAGGCAGUAGCCAUUGCGCAUUAUGCACCCAUGGUCAACGUCAUUCAGAUAGCUCAAUAUACAAAGGUCAACGAGAACUAUGCUCCGUGGGAGGAGCAGCGGUUCAGGUCAGGUGAUGUGGUCGCUGGAGUGCUUCCCUUCUUCCAUAUCUAUGGCCUUGUAUUCUCCAUUUACGCGGUGCCAUUUUUUGGAAUGUCGCUGGUUGUCACUCCAAAAUUCAACUUCACAGAUUUCUUGCAGAGCAUAGAGAGACACCGUAUCACUCACCUGACACUUGUUCCGCCUCAAGUCGUACUGCUGUGCAAGCAUCCAGCAGUCAAGAAUUAUGACAUGAGCAACAUUCGAUUCAUGAUCUCUGGCGCUGCACCUCUUUCAGCCGAAUUGGUAAACCAGCUCAUGAAAGUAAUCCCCAACGCACAGAUCGGCCAAGGUUAUGGACUGACCGAAUCCUCCACGUCACUCACAAUGUACUCGGUGGAUAAGAAAAUAGGUGUCCCAGGUAGCGCUGGACAGUUCCUACCAGGUGUAGUUGCCCGCGUAGUGAAGCCUGAUGGGUCUCUGGCUGGCCUCAAUGAACCAGGCGAAUUGAGAGUGAAGACGCCCUCUAUGGCGUUGGGAUACUGGAAUGACGAACAAGCAACAAAGGAGACUUUUGUUGAAGGAUGGCUUUGCACUGGGGACGAAGUAAUUAUACGGGAAGACAAGGAAGUGUUCAUUGUUGAUCGAUUGAAGGAAAUCAUGAAAGUUAGAGGAUUCCAAGUAGCUCCUGCCGAGCUAGAGGGCUGUAUUCUAGAUCACCCCGACGUCGCAGACACAUGUGUCGUGCCCAUACCUGACGACUACAGCGGGGAGGUCCCGUUGGCGUUCGUCGUGCUUCAUGCGCUCACUGCAAACCGUGUGGGGAAAGACCCUCGCGAAUCAGACAAAGUCAAGGCGUCCAUAAUGAAGCACGUUGCAGACAACAAGGUCGCGUAUAAGCGCCUAGCGGGAGGCGUGGAAUUCAUAGAUGUCAUACCAAAGAAUCCAAGUGGAAAGCUACUACGGCGGGUGCUUCGGGACCGAGCUCGUACAUUGAGGGCAGGAGGGCCGAAGGCCAAGCUGUGA